AUGUUCAAAACAAACUCAGUUAAAUUACUUGAACUAAAAGCAGCCUCCACUAUAUCUACAAAAAACAGGUUUGAAGCUAUAAGUGACAGUAACAGCGAGCCUGAAAUGCAAACAGACGAAGUGCCCAUUGUAAAAGUUUCAUCGAUUUCUUCAACUAGUAGUAAAGAUGAGCACAGAUCUAUCCACGAGGAAAAUGUAGUAAAAGAACCUGAAUCUGAUAGUCCGGUUAUGGAUGUAACAGAAAAACCUGGUCCUCAUAGCAUUCAGCCGAUGGAACUAGGAGAUAAAUCAGAAAUAUGGAACUAUUAUACUAAAGACGAUUCAAAGCAAAACGCAAUUUGCAACAUUUGCGAAAACUCUUUCAAAUAUUCUGGAAGUACUAGUACUCUUUGGAGCCACAUGACAAGUCCAGUUUCAGAAGAAUUUGACAAACGAUUUAAUUUAAACGAUACCUUGACGAAUAAGUUUGAAAACAUUUCAACUGCAGACUUUGCAACCUAUCUUGACCCCAGAUAUAAAAAUAUUGAUAGAAAAAUGGACUUUCGGUUGAAAGUCAAGUACGAGUUGGAAAAACAAAAUGGAACUAUGUCUGAGGAAAUGGAUGAGAUGAUAACUAAUUCUGAAUCUGAAGCCAAUAAGAAAUCGGAAAUAAACAUUUUAUUUCCAGAAGAUUCUGGACCUAGUAAUUAUCUUUCGAAAGUGGAGGAAUACUUCUGA